CCAACCCUCUUGAAAGCUCUUCUUCACCCAAUAACAACACUCACUCUCCCCUCUCAUAGCCUUUUCAUCCAAGUCCUCCAAAUUCUCCCAAAACACCACAAUCUCUCUCUCUCUCUCUCUACAUUAUCAUUAUCAUUACAUUAUAAUUUCCCUUCUUUCUAAAACCAACCAAAUCUCCCACCAAAAACCCUAAUAUCAUCCACUCCUGUAGAGUAGAAAGAGUGAGAGGGAGAGAAAUAGGCGUCUUUUAGAAUCAUUUCAUUCCAUGACCUAAAUCUUCUUCUUCAAAACUACAAUUUCUCUCUCUAAAACCGACCAAAAAUUUUCCCCCACAAAAAGGCGAGAGAAAGAAAAAAGAUGAAUAAAUAGAAUCACAACUUAUCACUCUCUCUUUACAUUUUUUUUUUUCCCAAUGGGUUGUUCUGCUUCAAAACCCGUCACAAUUCUCAACACCAAAAACUCAGACCAACACCACCACCACCACCACCACCACAACCAAAACCGCCCUUCAAACCCAUCAAUUUGCCCAUCAGAAUCUUCAAACUCUUCUUCUUCCCCACCACCACCAAAUCCAAAUCCAAUCCCAAAAGCACUUUCUCUCUCCACCCCUCUCGUCCACCACCCCGCAAUUAAAAAAGGCGACACCCACCACAUUGUUUCUCUCACCUCCACCACCUACGGCUCUCUCCUCAUCGACCCCCCCAAAACGCCGCCGUUUCAACCGCCCCAAAACAAGACCGCCCAAAAAACCUCACCAGAUCAACAACAAGUACAAUACUCUCCCUCCCCUGACUCCGUCAUCAACACCUGGGAGCUCAUGGACGGCCUCGAUGACUUCGACGUCGUGAUUUCCUCCAACCUCGGCCGUCCGAUUCAAUCCCGUACCAAGCCCAGUUCCUGUCGCUUCACCGACUUCGACGGGCCAUCGUCGAAAACACGUCUCAACUCGUUCGAUUCCAUGAGAUACUCCGAACCCAUCAUUACAGAAAACUCUUACCAUUAUUCCCAAUCUCCGUCUUCAUAUUCAUCGUCUUCCUCCGCAACAAAGCCGUUAUGGCAACACUUAUCCGAGGAAUCUCUGUUAUCCAAAAUGGACCCAAACGUCGGCUUAACAUACCGACGAGCAUUGUCUUCUCGACAAUUGUGUCGUUACAGCAAACACUCCAAAGCCCGAUCACUCGGCUCCAGUCCUUUCUGGUGUUCCAAACCAUUAGCGGGAACCGAAGACAAGAUCAUCGUAUACUUCACGAGCUUGCGAGGGAUAAGAAAGACGUACGAGGAUUGCUGCAGCGUGCGGGCGAUACUGAGAGGGUUCGGGGUGUCGGUCGACGAGCGGGACGUUUCGAUGGACUCGGAGUUCAGAAAGGAAGUGGAGAACGCAUUUGGAGGGAGGGGAUUGAGUUUGCCGAGAGUGUUUAUAAGGGGGAAGUAUGUUGGAGGUGCGGAGGAGAUUAGGCAGCUUAAUGAGAAUGGAGAAUUGGGUUAUCUUUUGGAAGGGUUGCCGAGAUUGGAAGCUGGGUUUGUCUGCAAUGGCUGCGGGGACGCGAGGUUCGUGCCGUGUCCGAGGUGUAAUGGGAGUAGAAAGGUGUUUGAGGAGGAAGAAGGAGGGCUCAAGAGGUGCUUGGAUUGUAAUGAGAAUGGCUUGAUUCGAUGCCCUGCUUGUUGCUCUUGAAUUUGCAAUAUUGGAUUUUCAUCAGUUUACGAAUGGUUGAAUUUUUUGAUGAUAAAAAAGUCUGAGUAGGGGCCGACUAGCGUUUGACAUAGAUGUUGACAAGAAUGCUCAAAGUCUUACA